AUGGUCUAUAGUGUUUCUACGCCAUUCUAUGUGAUUAAUUUUCCUCGAGACGCAGAUGUCAAGUCGUUAUGGGAGGUCUGUGAUAAGGUUGGGAAGGUGGCUGAUGUUUAUGUGGCCCAUAAAUUAAUUGGUAAGAGAUGCGCCUUUAUCCUUUUUCUUAAAUUUAAAGAUGAACUUGUGUUGGAACGAAAACUUAGGGAGAUUUGGAUGGAGUCAUAUCUUUUGUUUGCUUUUGUGGCUCAGUUUAGUUGGGAUGUUAGUAACAAGGGAGCUUCGGAUAAAAAGGGGCAGGUUAUUACUGCUAAUCCUGUUGAGCAGGUGCAUCGGUCGAAUGUGCAUGCUGAUGCACGAAGUAGUUCUUAUGCAAAUGUAGUAAAGGGUGAUGGGUGUGUGAAAAACAAGAAAGGCUCGGUUCCUGUGUAUAUUUUACAGGGAAAGGAGAUUGAUAAUCCGUUGUCCAUGAAAGCAUACGUUUUUGAUAAGCUACGUUACAUUAGAUUGAUCCCAAAGUUGUGUAUUCUCUUGAAAGAAGAAGAGAAUGGUGAUAAGGUUGAUGAGGGGAAAGAGGAGUCAUUUAGCAUGUAUAAUACACCUAUUAAUAGUGUUAGAGGAGUUGGGUUUGUUGAUAGAAAGGCGGGUGAAAGGUUCGGUUCUAUUUUAUGUUCUAUUUCCGCCCAGCCUUUUAAUGACUUCAUUGAUGAUGGUGGUCUUAUUGAUAUGCCUAUGGUUGGAAAGCGGUUUAUUAGAGUUGAUGUCAUAGUUGCUAAACUUAGCAAGCUUGACCAAUUCUUGCUCUUGGAUGCGGUUUCUGAUCGUUUUGAUCAUCUUUAG